CAGCAAAACGUCGGCUUUCUUAUGCUGGAAACGAGAAUUGCGCUUACAUAGGUUCGCAAGCAAUAGAAGCACGCAUUUUGCCUUAGAUGGUUGCCUUUAUAAUACUAUGCUCUAGCGGCUCUUCAUCUCCUUCACCGCGGCGCCAAAGAUUACUCACCAUGUAAUUCAUACGAUAAGUGUAUAUGUAGGAAAACAUCAGAGCCAUCGUAAUUGUAGUUGAAGGAAAUUCCUUGAGGACUGAAAAGCUGUUGGACAUGCGGGCCAUCGUAGUUUCCCGGGUCACGUUAACGUGGUUGGCGAUGGCGGGACUCAUGGUCACGCUCAGCUCUGCCGCCACGUGGAUCCCUAGCUUUACCCUGGAUAUCGAAAGCACGGAUGGCGAGCAUCCAUUGCCGGACGUCUGCGACGAGGCCAAACGCCCAGUGAAGUUUUAUGCCCGGGAACCAAGUCGCUGCUAUGCUGACGACCGGAAGCUCGACAUCGUCAUAGCUUAUAGCGUUGAGAAGACAACGGACGUGCAAAGCACAGUCGAUUUCCUGCUGUCUGUUCCUCAACUGAAAUCCGCAUCGCCAUGCGUGGUGAUUGGAUCCAAGAUUCAAAGCGCGUCUGUCGUGCUCGACACCAUCCGCGGAGCGGAUGUGGUGUUUGAACUUGGAAUAGCCGGUCGCGAGUGGGCGGUCUACCUGACCUACCUCGUGUCGUACUACGACCACUUGCCACAGCACGUGCUCUUCGUACACGGAAGGCUCAACCUGCCCACCGAGGUGCUGGCUGCCCGCUUCGCCCUGUUCGGACCGCACACGGGGCUGCUGGGACUCGUGCACAACGGGAAAUGCAAAUGCAUCGGCUGUGCGCUGCCCGCCCCCGUCUUCCGCCUGCGCGAGCUGUGGAGCAUCUUCCGACGCAGCUUCUGCCCGCAGACCUACCUCGCCUUCUUCAACGGGCACUACAUCGUGUCACGCGCCCGCAUCAGGGCUAACCCCGUGGAGCUGUACACGGUGCUGUACCGCUAUGUGAUGCAUCACCCGCGCCACUUCCUGUCCGCCGACUCGCACGAACAGGCGGCAGCGGGGCCCUUCAACAUUGACUUCGUGGAGCACCUGGACACGUGCGAGGACCGGCUGGGUGGCCACAUCGUGGAGCGGGCCUGGUCCUUCGUCUUCAACUGCUUCAACCAACACUGGCGGGAAGCCUGUCGGAAGGCGGGCAGCAGCAGCAACAACAACACCAUCAUUAGCAAUAGCAAUAGUGCCAAGGGUACUGCAGCCGCAACGGCAUCAUCGAGUCAGGAUGGGUGGGGAGGCGGUGGUGCUGGUGCUAGUGGUGGCGGUGGUGGUGGGGAGGGGCCAGCAUUCGAUCCGACGUGUGUGUAUAGCGGCUGGCAGUGCUAUGAUGCCGUGCCGCCGUUUCCGCUGAACACAAGCGGCUUUGCCGCGGAUGGCCGCCCCUUGUGGUGAUCACAUCAGUGGUGGUGGCAGCAGAUCAGAGCAGACUGUAAGCUAGGAGCAGGUAGGGAAGAGGAGAAGGGAGUAGGCGAUGUGGGCAGCUGGCCGGGGGAGCGGCAACAGCAGGAGCGAACGAACGAGUGGAUGAGGAAGGAGGGAGGGAGGGAGGGAGGGAGGGCAUGGGAAGCAGAAGGAGUGGCACGUGGAGGUGAGGAGAGGGAUUGAUGGCGGUUGCUGGCGGCAUUCGAGGAGGCAGCUGUGGCCACUGUACGUGGAACACCACACCAAAGCAGGCUCCUCCCGGCCAUGACCUGAGGAGAGCGAGGAGAGUGCACGAUGCGCUACGUGAGCCGCCACCUCACAUCCGCACAGCACGCCAGUUCUAGCUGGGAAAAGCUGUGGAGUGGCGGAGGCGGGGCCGAACUAGCGGUGCUGCAAUACCGGUAUCAGUAUUCAACAUGAUGCUCUGCGGAGGUGUGCCGGAGUCUGCUCUCGUUAUACCGGUAUGUAUAGUAAAGGAAUGAGCUCCGUACCGUUCAUGUACGUGUAUGUAGGAUGCGGACGUGGAUGGGUGUGUUAAAAUAACUGGCCGCGAGGCGAAACGUACUGUGAUUGCCGGAAGAUGAAGUUCUCCUCCGUGGAUGGGUGUGCGUGCUAUUCGGCGUCUUUUGAGAGCCGUACGUGUGUCAUCACGCGAGCGUUCUGGGGGUGGUUUUGGUAGGACAAAAAGGUCAGGUUGCAGGUUGUCAGUUCUUCUGAUUGGACCGUCCGUCCAUACCCACCUAACAAGGCUAGAGCAGCAGCAGCAGCAGCUGCUGUUGCGUACUUCGCCUUCUAUUUUGACGUGCCACAUCUGUCCCUGCUUGCAUGAAUGUACAAACCCAAUUUGAUGUCCAAC